GCCCGAACGCUCCGACCCGAAGACCCGAACACAACACAGCCUUUUACUUUCGGUUUGCCUCGCGGGGCCACUUUCACCGCCUCUGUUGUUUCAAGAAAGAUACAAGAACUUGUCCAUUAGCAAACCACGGGAAGGUGAAACCAUGGAGACGAUCGUCUGCGCACUUGUCCUCGGUCUGCUCGGCUCUUCACUGGCCUUGGAAAGUCAACCCCGUGUGCAGGUGUACAGCCGUGUACCUGGGGAGUUCGGCAAAGUCAAUUCCUUGAUCUGUCACGUGUGCGACUUCCACCCGCCUGUGAUAACCAUCGAGCUGCUCAGGGACGGGGCAGUAAUGGCCAGAGCCAAUCAGACGGACCUGGUUUUCGAGGAUAACUGGCACUUUCAACUGACCAAGUCCGCGCCCUUCACCCCAAAAGAGGGAGAGAAGUUCACUUGCAGAGUGACACACAUGGGGAAGCCCAGGACAUACAGUUGGGAAUCAGAUAUGUAAUCUGUGCUUCACCCUGUACCAGGUCUGCUCAGACUCGAGGAGGUGAAGACGAUUUGAAUAUUUAGUCGGUAAACUUGGUUUGCCAUUGUCUUGUCCAGGUUUGAGUGACAAGACUUUUAACACUGGUUGAUUUGAGUAGCAAGACAGUGCCUCAACAUGUGCGAAAGGCAGAACUGGUGAUGUAAAAACAACAUAUUACUAGUUGCCCCAACUCAGAAACAGCUCUUUAAAAUUUUAAACUUGUUAAAUUAACCUUAAGUUCUGGAUUUUGGCAUGUGCUGUCAGUCACAGUGGCUCAUUGCAUUGCAUCAGUGGUGAACUUGUGAUGUGGUUGUGGCUGAAUACAAAAACAAAAUAGCAAAAAUCUUACCACUUAGGGAAUCAUUUGAUUUAGUGUUCUAUUAAUAAUAGUAAAAAAAUGUUGAUUCAUGGAGUUUAAGAUAACCUUCUAAAAAAAUAUUGGAAUUAUGUGCAUUUCAUUCAUAAUCUAUAAAAGCUGAAGGAUUUUCGUCUCAUCUGUUUUUGAUUAGUUUGUGUAAAAGUACAUUUUCUCAACGUUGCAUUAAUUUAUCCUAUUAAAUGUCGGGGGAGGAUUAACCUUUUUUUAUUUUGGGUUGAGCUUUGGAAAAAGAUGUCGAAUCACUAUUAUAAGAGCUGUAUGGGACACAUUUAUUAAAGAAAGCACUGCCACA